AUGGGCAUGUGCACGCUGGUGGAGGCCAUCGGGCUGUGGCAGCUGCAGGCGUCAGGCGCGUCGGCCAUCCUGACGGGGCAGAAGGAGACGGCGCCGGGGGGACAGAGCUGCCGGCUGCUCAAGGGGAGCGACGUCUUCCACGAGCAUGCGCCGCUGGCUGGCAAUGAGGAGCAGAUGGCGCAGGACGGGACGCCGGAGUGGAGGAUCAAGCCCGAGCAGGAAGAGGGGGUGCUCUGCUACUUGAAGACCGCCGACCACGUCGACAAGACGUCGAAGUGGAUCGACAGGCUGAUGCGGUGGAACCACGUGGCUCUGAAGCCGUUGCGCAAGGUGGUGUGCGGGGGCCUAGUAGUGCUGCCGGGGCCGGUGGCAUUGGACCUGCGGGGAGCGGUGCCGACUGCGUACGCAAUGCCGGACAGCACCAAGAAGGCGCGGCUAGCGUUCCUCCAGAGUAUCGCGGCGCGCAACGGGGAGCUGGGUGAUGGGCAUGCCCGCAGCGAGCUGGCGUUCAUUUACGAGUUCAAGCACCCGAGCCCGCCGUUUCAGGUGCAGGACUUCGUGGACAGAGCGGCGGUGGAGAGGGGCAUGCAGCCGUUCCGGGAGCUCCUGCGGCAGCUCAAAAUCAGCUUGGACGACGAGAGGUUUCUGCUCAAGUGGCUGGUGCUGGCCGUGAGGCGCAAGGAGGUGCCGGCUCUGAUGGUGCAGAGCCCCAUCCUAAGCAGGCUCCUGCUUUACACCUUCAUCUCCCCAGCCGCAGUGUGCAACCUGAAGAUGCACGAGGCGCUGCCCGCGCACAGUCCGUCUGCGCUGUCGUACGUGGCCAUCAAGUGCAGCGAUGUCGGCGCGACGCUGCACACGACCAGCCCGCUGUGCAAUGUGCUCGAGCAGCGCCAGGCCAGGCACGAGCUGUUCGAAAGAAACGAGGUCGGCUCCCCCGCACCACCCAUACUGCUGGACUGCGCGCCCGGCCACAUCCCAGCCCUGGCGGCAGGGGCAGGGAUCGGCACCGUCCGAGUGGUCCGCAGCGGCCUCGAUGCAGCGGGGUACCGGAAGGUCGACGACAAGUACCAAUGGGACCCCGUCAACCGAGCGGCCGUACAGCGCUCCAUCGUGUUUGCCGCAAUUCGCGGAGCGCAGCUGCUCCAGUCGGACAAGGGCCUCCUGAUGGAGCCGAAGAGCCCGCCCUUGCUGAGCGAGCUGGGGCCCCACGCGGGGAAGGUCCUCAAGCCGCGGCUGCCCUUCAAGAAGGACACCUUCCGACAGGUGCUGCUCGCUGUGCUGGAGAGCAUCGAACACACCGACAUCAUCGCCUACGACUCCACGGACAGCAAGGGCGUCGACUUGCGCAUGCUGUGCACGGUGGUGUUCCUGCUGUGGGCGCCCCUCAAGUGGAAAACUUUUUGCGAGGAGAAGAAGCGAUGGCGAGACCUGUUUGACGAGGUGGCAGAAGAGGCCGCAAAACGGGGCCGCGCGGACAUUGUACGCGAGCGAAUGUUCCAAGCCGGGCAGAGGGGCAGCCCCCUAGGCAAGAGGAUCGAGGCGUUGGGGUCAUGCUCGGUCUAUGACGCCGUAGCAAGCCCCGACCACCUAGCCGAACAGUCGGGGGGCCAGCGGAUCUUGCGCAUGCAGAUAGUGGCCGACGAACUAGAGGCCAUUUUUCCGGAGGAGACCCUUGAAAGGUACCGCACUUGUUUAGAGGGCGAAUGCAGCGAUGGAGAUGGGCAGCGCCACCUCCGAGACUUGUGCGCUUUGAAGCACCGCCUGGCGCGCAGAAAGGCAAUGAGAGAGAGUCCGCUGGCUCUGUUCACAAGCUUGAAGGAGAAGCUUGAAGCUCGAUUUGUAGAAGAGUUCCCCAAUGAAGAGAUUCCGUUUGAGGAGACCAACGAAACUGCUGACGGGGUAGAGAAAUAUGUCAAGCGACUGACAGACGACAUCUUGCGUUUGAGACAGAGGGCCGCAACACAAGCGGAGGGGUGAUAGAAAGGGAACAUGUUAGAGGAUGCCUUCUAUAAAAUCGUGUUGAGAGCUAGGGGCCCCAGAAAGCUAGAUUAUGUGACGUCGUUUUACGAAUUCGCUCGAGGAGCUCGCAAUACGUAGGCUCGGUCUCCGUGUUUGAAUCUGCGCGGGCUUUGUGUUGCAAAUAAAUGCUUGUCGACGUUCUAAAAUCAGGUGCUUCAUCACAAA